AAUGACUCCAUUAAACGAAUAAGAACAUAGUGAUAGUUAAAAAACCAAUACUCUUUAAAAUAUAAAUGGAGAGUGAAAUUGAGAUAUUAAAACUAAGGGAGCAUAUAGGCUGAGAACACAAGAAGACACGACAGUUAGAGGCUUUAUUACAACGCAGGUUAACGUUAAGAAUGUUUUGUGAGUCCCCACUUUAUCCAAUCUGGCACAACGAUGAUCCAUUGGUGCGUAUUCACACGCGCCCAGUUUAACAGUACAGCUUCCAGUUUUCUCACCAUCACAAAUUCAUCUGCUACAAAAUUUUCUCCCUCUUGAAAACUGUCAUGCACGGCACAACUCUCUGCUACACCUCUGCUCUCUCUUCUGAUUCACUGCUCAAUUGUUUUUAGCUUUCCUUGAGCCUCCCAAUUUGUCUCCAUUCUCUCUUUUUACCUUUGUCUGCUCACUUCAUCAUCUUCUUUAGUCUCCUUCUGCAAGGAACCACGUUCAACCAUGGACGCAACAGCAGGCAAAGAGAAGCUGGUGGUGGAGGUGGUAGCAGCCCACAACUUAAUGCCCAAAGAUGGUGAAGGCUCGUCUUCCCCAUUUGUAGAGAUAGAGUUUGAGAACCAAAGACUCAGAACUCAAGUCAAGUACAAAGACUUGAACCCCAUUUGGAAUGAAAAGCUCGUUUUCAACAUUAAGGAUGUUGCAGAUCUUCCUUACAGAGCCAUAGAGGUUAAUGUCUUUAAUGAAAAAAGAUCGAGCAACAGCAGAAACUUUCUGGGCAAAGUUCGAAUUUCUGGUUCCAGUAUUGCUAAAGAAGGUGAAGAAAUGGUGCAGUUGCAUACUCUGGAUAAAAGAAGUUUGUUUUCUCAUGUAAGAGGGGAGAUAAGUUUGAAGCUUUAUGUCUCUGCAAGAGAAGAGGUUAAAGAAGUUGUGGGUUUUGGUAAUGGAGCCGUUGUCUCUGGCUCUUCUGGUCCCGGGUCUGCUUCUUUAAAGAAGAGCAAGAAGUUGCAGCAGCAGCAGAGUCCGGCUAUAGUGCAGCAACAGCAGCAGUUGACGCAAGAGCACAACAAGCAAAUGAAACAGCAAGGCCAAAACAAUGCAAAGCCUGUGGAGCCAAACUCAGGUGAGAUCAAACCUGUUGUUAUUACAACUGGUCCUGGUCCUGUUGUUUCUGGGUCUGGUGGUGGACUUAUCACUACAGGAGGUGGUGGUGGUGUUGUUGUUGGCGGCGGCGGCGGCGGUGGGGUCAGUUUGUACACAAAUGUUUCUAGUGAUUUCUCUCUUAAAGAGACAAGUCCACACCUUGGUGGUGGUCCUUUAAACAAAGACAAAUCCAGUGCAACUUAUGAUCUUGUAGAGCAAAUGCAGUAUCUUUACGUAAGAGUUGUAAAGGCUAAAGAUAUUAUGUUGUUUGGUGGUGGUGAGAUUGUGGGUGAGGUGAAGCUAGGGAACUACAGGGGGAUCACAAAAAGGGCAGGUUCUAGCAAUAUGGAGUGGAACCAAGUUUUUGCAUUCUCUAAAGAUUGCAUACAGUCAUCAAUGGUGGAGAUUUUUGUCAAAGAAGGCAAUAAAGAUGAUUUCUUGGGCCGUGUUUGGUUUGAUUUGAGUGAGAUUCCAAGAAGGGUACCGCCAGAUAGCCAAUUAGCUCCACAAUGGCAUAGAAUGGAAGACAAGAAAGGGGAUAAAGCUAAAGGUGGUGAAGUUAUGGUUUCAAUAUGGUUUGGGACUCAAGCAGACGAGGCUUUUGCAGAGGCUUGGCAUUCAAAGGCAGCAAAUGUGCAUUUUGAUGGGCUUUGCUCUAUCAAAUCCAAGGUUUAUCUAUCACCUAAGCUGUGGUAUUUAAGGGUAUCUGUUAUUGAAGCACAAGAUAUUGUUCCUGGGGACAAAGGGUCUGCAAUGAUGAGGUUUCCGGAGCUUUUCGCCAAAAUCCUUGUGGGAAACCAGAUUUUGAGGACUAAAAUUGCAGGGCCUAACCCCAACAGGAGCAUGUCUAAUCCAUAUUGGAAUGAAGAUAUGGUGUUCGUAGUUGCAGAGCCAUUUGAGGAAUACUUGGUGGUUUCUGUAGAGGACCGUGUUGGCCCAGGAAGAGAGGAAACAGUGGGCAGAGUUUUGCUUCCAAUGACUGCAGUUGAGAAGCGAAAUGAUGACAAACAAGUGGUUUCGAGGUGGUUCAAUCUUGAUAAUCACCUUGGCAAUGCAGUUGAUUCGAAAAUUAUGACUAGAUUUGGGUCCAGAAUUCACCUCAGAAUGUCUCUUGAUGGGGGUUACCAUGUGCUUGAUGAGGCUACAAUGUAUAGCAGUGAUGUUAAAGCGACUGCGAAACACUUGUGGAAGCCUCACAUUGGUGUGCUUGAGAUGGGAAUCUUGGGAGCAUCAGGACUUAUGCCAACCAAAAUCAAGGAAGGCAAAAGAGAGUCUGCAGAUGCUUAUUGUGUAGCAAAGUAUGGUCAGAAAUGGGUGAGAACUCGCACGGUUGUAGAUAGCUUAUCGCCGAAAUGGAAUGAGCAGUACACUUGGGAAGUGUUUGAUCCUUGCACAGUUAUCACAAUUGGGGUGUUUGAUAAUUGCCGAGUCGAAAAGAAUGCUGUCAACAAUGCUUGUGAUUCUCGAAUUGGGAAAGUUAGAAUUCGGCUAUCAACUCUUGAAUCAGACAGGGUUUAUACUCACUCUUACCCCCUCCUUAUGCUUCAUCCGACCGGCUUAAAGAAGAUGGGGGAGCUUCAUUUAGCAGUAAGGUUCUCUUGUGCUAAUAUGGUUAACAUGUUUCACAUGUACACACUGCCACUUCUACCAAAGAUGCACUAUGUGCAACCAUUAAGUGUGAAUCAAUUGGAGGCCUUAAGGUAUCAAGCAAUGAAUGUGGUGGCAUCAAGGCUUAGCCGAUCGGAGCCACCGCUGGGACGAGAAGUGGUGGAGUAUAUGCUUGAUCAUGACUCUCAUAUGUGGAGCAUGAGAAGAAGCAAAGCGAACUUUGCUAGACUAAUAAAUGUACUCUCAGGAAUGGUUGCAAUGUGUCGAUGGAUAGAGUCGAUGCGAAAUUGGCACAAACCGGUGUACUCAGCCUUGUUGCUUAUAGUUUUCGUUCUACUAGUUACAAUGCCUGAGCUCAUUAUCCCUGCCAUUUUGCUUUACAUGGCUUUUCUAGGGCUGUGGAGAUAUCGGUCUCGGCCUCGACACCCACCCCACAUGGAUACAAGGCUGUCUCAUGCUGAGAAUGUUUAUCCUGAUGAGUUGGAUGAAGAAUUUGAUUCUUUCCCAACUAGUAGAAGUGCAGAGAUAGUGAGAAUGAGGUAUGAUAGGCUGAGGAGUGUGGCAGGGAGGAUUCAGACGGUGGUUGGGGAUAUGGCUACACAGGGGGAACGUGCACAAGCAUUGCUAAGUUGGAGAGACCCAAGAGCUACAUUCUUGUUUGUUGUGAUGUGUUUGUUAGCUGCUGUUGUUUUCUAUGCUGUGCCUAUCAGGGUUGCUGUGGGCUUGUGGGGACUUUACAUGCUGAGGCCGCCAAGAUUCAGGAAUAGGUUGCCUUGCUGGCCUUUGAAUUUCUUCAGGAGACUGCCUGCCAAGGCUGAUGGUUUGUUAUAGAUUCAUGAUUUUUAGUAUGUUGUGUGUAAUGUGUAGGGUUCACGUGGGACAGACAUAAGAACGUAGUGCCUUUGCGUAGCUAGCUAAUCUUUAUUUUUCAUCCA